CCCUACCUCCUAGUCGUUCUCUACUCCCAAUUUCCUCCCGUUCUUGGGGCACUUGGCACUUGGAGGGUAGUUCGUGGCACCGACGGUACGGCUCCCCCUCCCACAGGUGUACCAGGUGGGGGCGCUCGGGGAAGCAAAGCAGGCAAAGGUGCAGGUGGCGGCGUCGGCCGCUAUGGAUACCGUGGAGUCAGCAACGCAGAGUCUUACGAAGUGACAUGGGAAGACAUCGUGCUAGCUAUGGAGUUGUCAGCCAUGUGUUUCGGAGCUCUCCUGGCUCUCUGCAUCGUCGCCUGCUGCGCCUACAAGAUCUGCGGCCCAGCCGAGGAAGAGGACUGGGGCUCCCGAUAUUCCGUGCUCAAGCCUCCGCAGCCUCGCCUCGCUCCGGAGCUCCUGCGGGAGAUUUACACACUACCUUCUGCCACUUCUUCCGUCACUCGCUCGAGCAGCAAACCCUUGGCUGCAGCCACAGUGCCACCGACAGUCCAGCGGCAGACAGCGAAAGCAGCUGUGCCUGCCAGUGUGCGUAUGGAGGGUCUGCCGCGAGAGACUUCGGUGAAAAGAGCCACAGUGCCAGAGGUCAGAGUGGCAAGUUAUGGCCAGCUUCCGAACGGCCGGCCAGGAGAGCCUCUACUUGAUGAUAUUAUUCCAGCCGCCCCACCUCGGCCCCAAACACCUCGCAGCGUUCGUUUAUCGGCCAAGAAGUCUCCGCGGCUGUUGAACAUCGGCUCAAUCCUUGAAGGACGUCCCCGGCUGCUGACACUACCGUCCCUGUCGUCUUCAAGAGCGGCGAGGCAGCAGGCAGGUCGAGGAGCUGCCAACAGACUGGCAGAAUACAACCAGACGAGCUCCACCUUGGAUAUAGCUCGUGCUGCUGCUGCAACCAUUCCCAACCUGCACUACACUCACAGGUCACUCUCGGACCCUCACACAGCCGUCGUCUAGCAGCUCUUUAAGGGCUUCCUCCCUCCAAAGAAGAUAUAUAAAAGUUCCGCAACAUCCUAGGUAGCUAACAUAGGAGUGAAUGUAGCAGUUACCGUUUUUUUUAAACCGCGUAACUGGUCAACUGCUCAAUCUAUGGUGCUUACUGCACACUUCCCCGACACUCCACUGUGUUCCAGCAAGUAUUCUGUACACUGUUUUGUACACUGUUCUGAGACUAGUGGAUACUGACCAUCUCAGUGUGAACUGGGAAUCUAUCAUCAGUUUGUGACUAAAACUUAGCCACGUUACCUCAGGCUGUAACCUUAUGAGUGACAAGAGAGAAAUAAAACGAAAAUUUUAUAUCAUUUUUUGAGGGUCUGGAGAUACAGUAACCGCGUACUCGACAUAUUCAGAAAUAUGUAAGUACUGACAAACAGCACCGAUGACUCUAGAAGCGAUAGUUACUAACUGUAGAAGAUUCCUAUACUCAUCUGUAUGCAA